CACCAGAGCGGCAGCCAAUGAUAAGGGCAGCUGAGCAAUCUGGCUUGGGUUUGAAUUUGUGGCUGCACUUGGAGCGCCUGGAAGCCGACUCUGCCAAGUGGCCGCGGACGCUUCUUCUAGAGAACUACCCAGGCAUCCAUGUAAGCAGCAAGCAAGAUUCCUGAAAAUGUCUGUUUCUGAGGAAGAUUUAUGUCACCACAUGAAAGUAGUUGUUCGUGUGCGACCUGAGAACACAAAAGAAAAGGCGGUCGCUUUCCAUAAAGUGGUCCAUGUUGUUGAUAAACAUAUACUCGUUUUUGACCCAAAACAAGAGGAAGUCAGUUUUUUUCACAAAAAGAAAACUACAAAUUUUGAUAUUACUAAAAGACCAAAUAAAGAUCUUAAGUUUGUAUUUGAUGCUGUUUUUGAUGAAACAUCAACUCAAACAGAAGUUUUUGAAUACACUACCAAGCCAAUUCUUCAUAGUUUUCUGAAUGGAUAUAAUUGCACAGUACUUGCGUAUGGUGCCACUGGAGCUGGGAAGACUCACACAAUGCUAGGAUCAGCUGCUGAACCUGGAGUAAUGUACCUAACAAUGUUACACCUUUUCAAAUCCAUGGAUGAGAUUAAAGAGGAGAAAGUGUGUAGUACUGCAGUUUCUUAUCUGGAGGUAUAUAAUGAACAAAUUCGUGACCUCUUGACAAAUUCGGGGCCACUUGCUGUCCGGGAAGAUGCCCAAAAAGGAGUGGUUGUUCAGGGUCUCACUUUACAUCAGCCCAAAUCCUCGGAGGAAAUAUUACAGCUACUAGACAAUGGAAACAAAAACAGGACUCAGCAUCCCACUGACAUAAAUGCUGCAUCUUCUCGUUCUCAUGCUGUCUUCCAGAUUUAUUUGCGACAACAGGACAAAACAGCAAGCAUCAAUCAAAAUGUCCAUGUAGCCAAAAUGUCACUCAUUGACCUGGCAGGAUCUGAGCGGGCCAGCACUUCUGGUGCUAAAGGAACACGAUUUGUAGAAGGCACCAAUAUUAAUAAAUCCCUCUUAGCCCUUGGGAACGUCAUCAAUGCCUUGGCAGAUACAAAGAGAAGGAAUCAGCAUAUUCCUUACAGAAAUAGUAAGCUUACUCGCUUGUUGAAGGAUUCUCUGGGAGGAAACUGCCAAACUAUAAUGAUUGCUGCUGUUAGUCCUUCCUCUUUAUUCUACGACGACACAUAUAACACUCUUAAGUAUGCUAAUCGCGCAAAAGACAUUAAAUCAUCUUUGAAGAGCAAUGUUGUUAACGUCAGCAGUCACAUAUCUCAAUACGUAAAGAUCUGUAAUGUGCAGAAAGCAGAGAUUUUAAUGCUGAAAGAAAAACUAAAAGCCUAUGAAGAACAGAAAGCCUUGACUGACAAAAAUGACUGUGAAAAAUUGAUACAUUCAAAUACUCAAGACAAAGAAAUUGAAAGAUUUCAAGAAAUUCUGAAAUGCUUGUUCCAGAAUCGAGAAGGAAUCAGGCAAGAAUAUCUGAAGUUAGAAAUGUUGCUUAAAGAAAAUGAACUAAAGUCAUUCUAUCAACAGCAGUGCCAUAAGCAAAUAGAGAGGAUGUGUUCCGAAGACAAAGUAGAAAAGGCCACUUGCAAACGAGAUCACAGACUUGAAAAGUUGAAAACUGUUUGCUGUUUCCUAGAGAAAAAGAAGGAAGAAGUGUUGAAACAAUUUGAUGAGAAUACUAAUUGGCUUCAUCGAGUGGAAAGUGAAAUGAGACUCUUAGGUCAAAAUGGUGACAUUCCAGAGGUACUCAGUAAAGAUCUUCAUUGUCACCAUUUACACCUCCAGACCAAAGACCUGCAAACACAAAUGGGACACAUGAGGGCUCUAGCUUGUCUCCAGGAGCAGCAGCACAGGCAGACUGAAGCAGUAUUGAAUGCUUUACUUCCGGCCCUAAGAAAAAUGUAUUGCGUGUCAAAAGAAACUGGCCUGUCAAACACUGCUUUUGAUGCUGACUUCAAAGAUAUUGAGCAUUUGGUAGAGAGGAAGAAGAUGGUGGUUUGGGCUGACCAAACUUCCGAACAUUCAAACCAAAAUGAUCUUCCAGGGAUGUCUCUUCUUAUGACCUUCCCACAGCUCGCCCCAAUUCAGUCUAUUCCUUGUUGCACAUCCUCAAGUGAACCUAACUUGCUUAAUAUUACUCCACAAAAAAGAACCAGAAGAAAAUUAAUACCUUCUUCCUUGGACAUAAAACAUACUCAGAAGUCUAUACUGUCUGAAAGUACACAACUCAAUGAUUCUUUCAGCAAAGAACUUCAGCCUAUUGUUUAUACCCCAGAGGACUGCAGAAAACCUCUUCAAAACCCAUCUCCAGCCUUAAUAAGACCUUCAUCACAUACUACAAAUAUGAUCAAUGAUAAUUCUCUGAAAACGCUGUGUGAAGUAGAUUCUCCUCUCAACAGGAGAACAGAGUGUAAACAGGAUUUGGACUCUACAUUUACUAUAUGUGAUGACAUCGGGAGCUUGAAUAAAUUGCCUGAACAAGAAUCACUACAAAACAGCAAAAGCAGUUUAAAUAGGCUUGAAUCUUCCUCAUUUUCAACUAAGGAUUCUAGGCCUGUAUCGACAAGUGUGCCAUCCUACAUGGCCAUGACUACUGCUGCAACAAGGAAAAGGAAGUUCAUAAGUUCUACAUCAAAUGCUCCAUUAAAAUCUGAAGAAAAUCAUGGAUUUGCCAAACGCAUUCGAAAGGAUAAUUCAAGUGAUAAGCUCUUGCAAGAAAACAGACUGACAUUGGGUUAUAAAAGAAACACCAACCAAGUAAAUUCAAACAUGCUUAGAAAAUUAAGAAGAAACACUUUUAAAGAAAAUGUUCGCUAAGAAGUGUCAAUGUCCUUUGCCUGGUAUUUGUCCCUGCUGAAAUACAUUUCAAGUCUCUGAAAGAAGGCAAUCUGAAACUGUUUACUAAAAUCUUUUCAUCAAACAAAAUGAAAUUUCUGUCUUUUAAGUAAAUAUAAAAUUACAACAGGUUAUGUUUCCCAUUUCUCAAAUAUUUGUUACUCUUGAAAAUCUCUAGUCAGCAUUAUGUUAGUUUAGUUUUACUUUACCACAGCUUGAUUAGGACAUUUUAGAAAAAAGAGUGAACCAAAUUACCCCUAUUAUUUUCAAAAUAAGGAAAUUUAGAAGUCAUAAAACUAUGGACAAGAUAUAUUUGGUCUUCUGUUGUUUGUCAAUAUGUUGUUUUAUACAUACAUGUGAUUUUAUGUUCAAAAACUUUGAUGUAAAAAUGUAGAUAUGUGUGUCCAUAACAUUGUAAAUAUUGU